AUGACUGACUUUUCUUGUCUCCCCACAGACGAGGUGAACGUCCUGCAGGAGCUGUCUCUUCAGGUGUCCAUCAGCAGCAACGUCUCCAUGACGGCGGAGGACGGCCAGUGUCCAGUCCUGCAGGUGGGACAGUACUCCACGCUGGCUCUUCCUCUUCACCAGCUCUUCACUGACAGGUUUCCAGCUGAGUUCAGUUUACUGGUGCAGCUGCAGAGCCCUCAGAGAGAAGAGCGCAGCGUCUUCACCGCGCUCAGCCGCCGCGGCCACGUUGUGCUUCAGCUGCGGAUCAGCGCCAGCGCCGUCGUCGUCGCGGGAACACAGCGGCGGCACUACGAGUUCCCAGUCAGCAGUCUGUCUGAUGGAAAGUGGCACCAUGUGGCCGUCAGUGUGUCUGCCAAGCAGCUGGCCGUGUAUGUGGACUGUUCCCUGCUGGAGAGCGUGGACUGGUUUUACCACGGCCUGGGCGUGAGCACAGACGGGCUGCUCAUGGUCGGCGGCGUCACCGAGGACUCGGAGACCACGUUUGAAGGUCGUCUCAAACAGUUGACCUUCAUGAUGGACGACCCCGGCGCCGCCCGGCUGCACUGCAGCCACCACCCGCCCCGCUGCACCGAGGCUCCCCGCUCCCCACGCACCAGCAGCAGCACCAGCAGCAGCGGCGGCGGCAGCAUCAUCCCAGAGGAGAAUGUUCUCCUGUCCUCUAACGACCUGGAGGACCUUCUGUCCAAACCUGAUGACGAGUCACUCAUGAGCCUCAGAACUAAUGUGUUUCUACGGCGAGGGAGUUCUCGGGGGGAUGGAACGAUGCUUUCAGGACCCGACCGGAAAGGUUCAGUAGUUCGCACCGACGUGUUUGUGGUGGAUGAGGAAACAGACUUGCUGGAUCCCAUCUUCCAAAAUGGCGACCGGAGGAAGUUGUCCAGGAAUGGAGGAAACCAGAAGGGGAAACCGGAGAUGUCCUCCAAACUUUUGGAGGAGAACAUUACCACAGAGAAGAAGACAGACUCCAGUGGAAGGACUCCGUCGCUGUUCCCCGGGAAACCCAUAGAUGACAUAAUUGACCUGGACACAGCUAAGAAGACUUCAGCAGGGUUUCCUGUUCUUCCCAGGACCCCUUCAUAUCCCCGAUCAUCCACAGACUCCAGACCAGGAGACUAUGAGACCAGGACUGUCUCACCUACAGAUCAUAUCGGCAAGAACAACUCUUCGUACUUUGGACGUGGCGUCAAACAUGAAGACAGCGAGCGUCCCGCUGUUGUGACCGUUGUGUCUGUAGAGGGAGACCUGGUCCGGAGCUCAGAUGGCAAAAUGUACCGGCUGCAGAAAGGACCGCCGGGCAGAACCGGUCCUCCAGGUCCAGAGGGAUGUCCUGGUGACCCCGGCCUGCCAGGGUUCAAAGGUGACAAGGGUAAAAUGGGACUUGAGGGACGUCCAGGGAAAAGAGGUGAACCAGGACCUGCUGGAGCCGCAGGUUUACCAACUCUGUACCUGUGGAGGAACACAGGCGAGGAGUGGGCCGCCUUCCAGCAAACAAACUUCUACCAGUUGCUGCGCGCCGGCUGGCCUAGUCAAGAAGGUGCUGCAGGACCACCUGGAGAGAUGGGCAAGCCGGGCAUGCGGGGGCCUCCUGGUGAACCUGGAGACCGAGGACGACCUGGAAUACCAGGAGAAAUGGGCGAGCAGGGGCCCAGGGGCCCUCCAGGACGAGCCGGGGCCCCGGGGAGAGCGGGCGAGAACGCAGAAGACGGUCAGCCCGGGUCACCUGGUUCUCCCGGGUCACCGGGGCCCUGGGGACACAGAGGCGAGCGAGGGCCCAAAGGGGAAAAAGGUGACGAGGGUCUCAGCGGCUUCAUGGGACCAAAAGGAGAAACUGGUGAACCUGGUGAGAAGGGCUCACCUGGUUCACCUGGACGACCUGGUCCUGUUGGAACACCAGGGCCUGCUGGGAUCCGAGGUGGUUACGGACCAGAGGGACCAAGUGGACCUGAUGGAGAAGAUGGACUGGAUGGACCUCCAGGUUUGCCAGGACUGACGGGAGCGCCAGGUUUCACAGGACGUGUCGGCGCUCAAGGAGUUAACGGCUCAAGGGGAGACGUUGGACCUGCUGGUACUGUUGGUCUCACAGGUCCUCAGGGACCUCCAGGUCUCGAGGGACAGAUUGGACCUCCAGGACUCAGAGGGUCUCACGGACGCUCAGGAUUGAUCGGUGCUCUCGGUCCUAAAGGAGAUCCUGGGCCUGUGGGGCCCGUCGGUGCUCGGGGAGACACUGGGUUUGAGGGACCGAUGGGCCCUCCGGGAGAACCAGGUCCUAUGGGUUUCCUUGGGAUAACGGGCUACAGAGGACCAGAUGGGGACAAAGGGGAUCUAGGCCCUAAAGGCAACAAAGGUUUUCAGGGAGCUGUUGGCAUUAGGGGCCCCCAAGGGGAGAGGGGCCCCACCGGCUUCCCGGGUUUCCAAGGGACCACGGGCCAGCCAGGCCCCAGAGGCCUCGAGUCGACUGAAGCCGGUGAAGGAAAGCCCAUUGGUCCCAGCCUCUAG